ACAAAAACCUAGUUCUAGUUUUGCCGUGAAAAGAGCCAGCAAGAACUUUCAAAGGGGAAAUCAGGGGAGAACUCUUGAGGAUUUGGAGCUCAAGCCAAAGGAAAGUUUUCUCUUGCUCUAUCAAUUUUUAUCAUUAAGCAUUGAGUUCGAUUUUGUAGAUAUAGGUGAACCUUUUGAAUUUAAAUCCCUAGUUUAGGUUUUGAGAUUGUUUCUGUUUCUGAAAUCUGAGUAGUAGGGGCUGUUUGCGUCUUAGAAUGAAUUUGAACCGUUAGAAAUUAUUGAAUUUUGGAUAUGUUGUUUUUAACUGGUUUCUAAAGUCUCGACCAAAUUAUCAGGCCGAUCAGAUAAGUGCAGGUACCAAAAAAGACUAUGUUUCAGAGAUUCUAGGUUCAGAAAACUGCUAGAACGUGAAUAGAGUAGAUACAUCUGGAUUAGGAGUUUUGUUGCUUAUAAAUACAUGAAUUUUGGAUAUGAUAAACCCAUUUGUAUGAUUAUGGUUCUGUAAAAGUUUCAGCGCAAUUGGAUGUCCGGAAGUACCCUAAUUAUAUGAAGUUUCCCUUUUGUGACUGUACGUUUUCAGUCUGAAUUAUGCAUAUAAAAUUUGUCUUAUCUUGACAUCUAACCGUCACUUUUACUUGAUAUUUUUAUGAAAUGUCUGUGAUAUAGUAGUAAGACUGUGGUAAAAGUUUAACUAUGUUCUGAUCAGUAUAAGACAUGAUUUUGGCAAGUACAGUAGACUGGUCUUGCAUAGCCUAUUUUCUGAAUUGUUUCGGUAUUGGGUUGAAGCUUGAAUUUGUAUGAAUAUGUUUGGUCAGUUUGAAUGGUUUUGAAAUAUGUUUCAGCAGAGAUGAAUUGAUUAUGUUUGAGCUCAUUUAAGAGCCGUAUCUCUGUUCAAGUGUUUGUUGUUUGUCGAAAGCUAUUUCGUAUUAAACCAUUAUGUUGAAAGGUCGGGUUCACAAUAGCUAUCGCACUUGGCCUGGAAAUUAGGGUUGUCUUUACUUUUGGGGUUGUCUUCAGAAUAGCUAUCAUGCUUGUGAGUGUUGGUGUUGAAUAAUAUUGAAUGUUUCAUUUGGGUUAUAUUUUGUGAAUGUUUCCUCGAGUUUUUAAGACCGAAGGUAAGCGGUAAUGUUGUGACGUGUUGUGCUAUCUUUGUACAGUUUGUUGAAUCUCUUUGACAUGCUAGUCUAAACUGUUUUGGACUGAAUUUUUAAUACUCUUUUACUUAAUAGUAAAAUUGAUGGUUUAAGAUUGAACUUCCAAAAAUCCAAGGCUCUGACCUUGUGUUGAUUCUUUCUUACAGGUAAUAGAGUAAGCAACUGAGUUAGUCAGGAGUAUUUCUUAGGUUGGCACUGCAGAGUGUGGGAAGAAGUAGGAUCUCUUCCUUGUUGUAGUUUCUUUUAGUUUUAUCUUUCCUUAUUAUCGAUAAGGUUAUCAUAGAGAGACACGGUGCUUCGAUCGCCAUAUUAAGAGUGUUUAAGUUUCAUGUUAUGUCGACGUUUUAGACAGACUUGUUUCUUCUUUUUGGUUUAACAUUCUUAGAAUCAUACAUAAUGCUCAUUAAUAUGAGAAUGAUGUUCUUCUUUAUAUUGUUUUCCAAUAAAAUUAAUUUUUUUUAGCCAACUUGAGUUAUGUGGACUGUAUGUUCGGGUAGUAAAACCUUGAAUUGCUAAUGCUAGGGCCGGUCGGACUACCGUUACUGAUUCAGGAUUGUCGCAGUUGGUAUCAGAGCCCGUGAUCCUUAUGGACAUGUGGCAUUGUGAGGCACACUCAAUUUAGGCACUUAGUUUUUUUUUUCAAUUCUUACGUUUGACGUAAUAGUUGUUUUUGACUCCUUUCUCUAAGUAGAAUAGAUGUUGAUUUUUCCUUUCCUUUUGUUACUAGUCAUGUCAGGAAGAAGAGGAACCAGAAACACGAGAAAUACUGGGAAUGGGGGAGCUCCUGAUGCUGUUGAGAUGAUGAGUUUGAUGACUGAAACUCUAACAACGGCGAUGGAAAAUCAAACUGCUGCCCUUACGGUUCUCAUUCAGAAUCAGAAUGGGAAUCAUAAUGCGCCUCCACCGCCACCGGGUGGAAAUGCUAAUGGUAAUCCACCAGGUGGUGGUGAACAAGCAACAUGGCUGAACUUACUGGAGAAGUUUGUGAGAUUGAAACCACCUCAAUUUGAAGGUUCAUCUGAUCCACUAGUAGUUGACAAGUGGAAAUGCUAUGAGGUGUACACCAGUUCAAAGGCAACAACUUGCUGUUUUUCAGCUAUCCGGUGAGGUAAGAAAGUGGUGGAUGAAUUCAACAAUGGGAUUGGAUCUGAAUACCCUCACUUAUGCUCAAUUUUGUGAAAGGUUUGAUGCAAGGUAUUUCCCAGCCACUGCGAGAAAUAAAAAGAUUAAGGAGUUUGCUGAUUUGGAACAAGUUAAGCCCAUGCUUGUCGAUGACUAUCUUGAUCGUUGCAUUAGUUUACAGCGUUUUGGGUACUUUUUGACACCUGAUGAAGAUAAGUCAUCUAGAAAAUUUGAGAAUGGUUUAGGGGUCCAUAUAAGAGGUCAGGUGAUUAUCCAUUGUUUCCCUACGUUCCAACAAGUUGUGGAUAGUGUUAGAGCUACGGAAUCUGAUUGGUUAAGGAAUAAGGAGACAAAUCGGAGAACUUCUAGUACUGCGAGGCAGGGAAACAACUACCAAAUCCAAGGUAACAGAAACAAGGGUAAUGGAGACCAUCGUAGUGAUAGAAACAAUUCGAGUGGUUGGAAGAGACAAAGGUCUGACAAUGGGAACGUGAAUGCUGCACCUACCCUUUACUGCUACAACUGUUGGGAUCCUGGACAUAAGAGUGAUCGAUGCACUAAUCCUAGACGACCAAAGCCGGCGUCACUGAAUGAUACCCAAGGACCCGCCAAACACAUCAGAGUACAACAUCAUAAUUUUCAGAAAUCAAAUAAUGAACAGGACAGAACCAACUCUAACCAAGGCAGAUUUCACGCUCUUGUUCCGCAAAAAGAGCAAGUGCCUGAUGGAGUUGUGGAAGGUAAUAGAGUAAGCAACUGAGUUAGUCGGGAGUAUUUCUUGGGUUGGCGCUGCAGAGUGUGGGAAGCAGUAGGAUCUCUUCCUUGCUGUAGUUUCUUUUAGUUUUAUCUUUCCUUAUUAUUGAUAAGGUUAUCACAGAGAGAUACGGUGCUUCGAUCACCAUAUUAAGAGUGUUUAAGUUUCAUGUUAUGUCGACAUUUUAGACAGACUUGUUUCUUCUUUUUGGUUUAACAUUCUUAGAAUCAUACACAAUGCUCAUUAAUAUGAGAAUGAUGUUCUUCUUUAUAUUGUUUUCCAAUAAAAGUUUUUUUUAGCCAA